AGCGAUCAUGUUAGGGGAUGUUUGAAUUUCUACACAGGUGAAAGAUGAGAUAUUAGAACAGGAAGAGUAUCGCAAUUUUCGUCUUCAAUUUUUCCUGUAAGAUAAACCAUUACCUACCAAAAUGUGUGAAGUUGUUGUUUUGUUCAAUGGUUAUUCCAAAAAUUUGGGUGCUGGAAAAAUGGAUGCAAAUUGCACUUGUACUCUAAUAAUAGGACCCAAACUAAUUAUCGUCGACACUAUGACUGCUUGGGACCGUGAGAUAUUAAUAGAAGCACUCGCACAGUAUAAUAUUGAACCAAAGGACAUUGAUUACGUUGUUUGUACUCACAGUCAUUCCGAUCACAUAGGAAACAAUAAUCUGUUCACAAAGGCACAACACAUUGUGGGUUUAACUGUUCAAUGUCAUACUAUAUUUUACGAAAAUCUGAUUUCAGACAAGGGUUAUAAGCUCUGUUCAGAUGUUAGUGUUAUAGCCACGCCAGGACAUACGAAGGAAGAUGUCACUGUCUUAGUAAAUACGACAAUGGAUGGGAAAGCAAAGCUUAUAGCUAUUACGGGAGACUUGUUUGAAAAAGAGGAAGAUAUUUUAGAUCCGCAUAUCUGGAAAUCGCUUGGCACACCAGAAUUGUUAAAAACUCAAUCCGUUAUGCGUUCUCGUAUAAUAGAUCUCGCAGAUUUUAUAAUACCUGGACAUGGGUCAAUGUUCUGCGUUACUGAUACUAUGAGAAAAGCCGUGAAAUGUCAAAUAAUUCAAUAAGAUAAUAUUAUUAAGUCAUUAAGAAACAUUUAUAGAGUUUAUAAGAUGCAAUAAAGAAUAUACUUUCAAA